CCUAAUUUAGUAUUGAAUUCAACAACGGCAACAGACACAGAAAACAGCUGAUGUGACAAAGUGACCGUUUUUGCUUGGAUAUUCGCAACCGUGUGCUUGAACGCUUUGCAGCACUGUUUGCAUCCUUUCGCAUUGAUGCCGCUACUUUCGUCUGCGCAAGCCGUUUGUUGUUUAACUCAAUAAUUACAGAAUGCAGGGCUCGGACGCUAUCUGGCAGGAUCUUGGGAUAUAAUUUGUUUUAGCAUUAGCAGCGGAAUCACCAUCGCUCAGAUCUUAACAGUUUCGAUCUCGAAUACUCUAAUAUCUAGACCUUAAAUUGUUUAAUAUUGACGCCGACAGCGCAUGGAACAUUUACUUAAGACAGGCCACUUGUCGGAUUGUAGUUUCGUAGUUUAUGACGACGAUGGCAACAAGACCCUGCUUAAGUGUCACAAAUUUGUGCUGAUGAGUGUUUCGCCUGUUUUUGAGCGUAUGUUUGCGGGCGACUUCGAGGAAGCAAACAUUCCGGAAAAUAUUGUUCUUGAUGAUGUCUUGGGACACGAUUUUAAAAAAUUUUUGGAUUAUCUAUACUUAAAUGACAACGAGCGACUGGAGUCCUAUGAUUUGCGGACACUCCAAACGUUAAUAUAUCUGAGCAAAAAGUUUAUGGUUUCAUCUCUCACUACCAAUUGUUUUUAUGUGAUCAAACGGCGCUUGGCCACUGGCUUGGAUGUGAAUUUGACAAUUGAUUUGUUUGAAUAUAGUCACCAAAUCGAAAACGAAGAUUUAAUUAAUAGCAUUAAAAAGAAAUUUCGAUCGAAUCCGUUAUCGUACAUUGAUACUGCUGCCGUCUAUGAUCUUACCUCAGAUGUCUUUUUAAAGUUUAUGGAGAACUUGAUUACUUGUGUGGCGGACAAGCUGCGCCUCAGUGUAAUCGAUCGUUAUUGCAAAAUGCACGGAUUACUCGAUAGUACACUUGCCGAAGAUCAAAGUGAAGAUUGUUUGAAGCCAAAUGACAGAGCGCUAGAAACAAAUGAGAAUAAAAAAAAGGAGGACAUGUGCAAGAAUUAUGAAAAUGGAAGCAAUGUGUAUGAAGAGAAAGAUACGUCUGUUAAGCAAAUGGAUAAUAAUCAAUACAUAUAUAGACUAUUAAAAACCAUAAAAUUUACAUCGAUGUCUUCAUAUGAUUUUUGCGCUGGACCAGGUGAAUCCAACUUACUAACAGUUGAAAAGAAGUACGAAUUGCUGUCUUCCAUUUGCAUUGCUGAAUAUAAAAUGAAAUUGUUUGCAAAUGCAAAAUAUUAAUCCGAUUAUAUCAAAAGGUUCCAUUUUUGUUUUAUGUUUAAAAUUAAAAGUUCUGAGCACCUGUAACUAUGGAGUUCAGA